UCCUAUGGUUUCCGGGCGCGACGGCAGAGGGAAGGUCGGGUUUCGCUGUCGCGCUGCUAGCGUCGCACUGCGGGCGUCCUUUGCGGCAGGCCUCUGCGUCGCUCGCAGAUCAUCCAGUAGCGGCGGCCGGCAAGGGUACAAGGGCACCGCGGCGCGACGCCAUGCCUUUCUUUGAUGUGCAGAAAAGGCUGGGCCUUAACUUAGAUUAUUGGAUGACAAUCCAAAGUGCUGAGCAGCCUCACAAGAUUCCAGGUCGAUGCCAUGCUUUUGAAAAAGAAUGGAUAGAAUGUGCUCAUGGAAUCGGUGGUACCCGUGCAGAGAAAGAGUGCAAGAUAGAAUUUGAUGAUUUCGUAGAAUGUCUGCUUCGGCAGAAAACGAUGAAACGUCUGAGUGACAUCAGGAGGCAGCGAGAUAAACUAAUAAAGGAAGGGAAGUACACACCUCCACCUCACCACUUGGGCAAGGAGGAUCCUAGGCCUUGAGCAGAGCUGCUGCUGAUGGCUGGAGGCUGAUUUUCAUGUUCUCUCUUCUCCACUGGAAAGUUCAUUUACUGAUAACCUCUUUGUGAAAGUGUCUAAAAAUAAAGGAUUGCUCCAUCCUA